UACACAAGGCUGAGAGGAAGCGCAGCAGCGGCGGCGGCAGCAGCAGCAGCAGCAGCAGCAGCUGCUGCGGUGCUGGUGACAGCAUCAGCAUCAACAUCAGCAUCAACAGCAUCACAGCAGUAGCAGCAGCAGCAAAGGCUGAAGCGUCUGGCUGCCCUCUGUCACUGCCAGUGGAAAGGUAUUUACUUACUCUUUAGCACUCAGCUGAUGGAAGCAACAGUGUCAUAAAGAGAUGGGCUAGUUAUCUCCCAGCUGCCGAAAUCGGGAGACAUUUGGGGCUGCUUCUCAUCUGUCUUUCCAAUUAGAAACCAAAGUGCAACAGAAGGGAUGCCUUUUCCAAAAUAAGACAACCACGUUUAAUGACCAUGAAAUGGGGUCCACCAAGAUCAGCAUUAUGACUGAUGGUGAUUAUGAUUAUCUAAUCAAACUCCUGGCCCUUGGAGAUUCAGGGGUGGGGAAGACUACAUUCCUUUAUAGAUAUACCGACAAUAAAUUCAAUCCCAAAUUCAUCACUACAGUAGGAAUAGACUUUCGGGAAAAACGUGUGGUAUAUAAUGGUCGAGGACCAAAUGGAUCUCCAGGAAAAGCUUUUAAGGUACACCUUCAGCUUUGGGAUACAGCUGGACAAGAAAGAUUCCGAAGUCUCACCACAGCAUUUUUCAGAGAUGCUAUGGGCUUCUUAUUAAUGUUUGACCUUACCAGUCAGCAAAGCUUCUUAAAUGUCAGAAACUGGAUGAGCCAAUUGCAAGCUAAUGCAUAUUGUGAAAAUCCAGAUAUAGUAUUAAUUGGCAACAAGGCAGAUCUUUCAGACCAGAGGGAAGUCAAUGAACGGCAAGCCCGAGACCUUGCAGACAAAUAUGGCAUACCCUAUUUUGAAACAAGUGCAGCAACAGGGCAGAAUGUGGAGAAACCUGUGGACACACUUCUGGACUUAAUAAUGAAGCGCAUGGAGCAAUGUGUGGAGAAGUCACAAGUCCCUGAUGCGGCCAAUGGAGGAAAUUCGGAGAAGCUUGAGGGAAAGAAACCAGCCGAAAAAAAAUGUGCUUGCUAGACUUCACCUUUUCAAACUGAGAAUCAAGAACCUCACCCAAAUAGUUGAUCAAAAAAUGGUUGACAAGCCACAUAAUUGAUGAGUGGGCCUUGCACAGAUACAUUUUCUUUUCUUUUCUUCCAGAGAAUGAAUUUUUAAACAUCACCAUGAUCAUCAAUGUUCAGUGGGACUGAACUAUGAGUUAUAAGGCCCAAUAGUUCUGUGUCUGAAUUUUCCCAACAUAAUCUUAUCAUCAGGGACAUUCAGUCGAUUUUUUGGUUAUAUUAUUGUGUUUUUUUUUAUUUUAAAAGAAGCAUUGAAAUCCUCCAAUAAGAAAAUGAAAAUGUUAUGGAGCUUAAAAUCAGAAAGAAAGGAGAUCACUUUUUUGUAUGAAAGAGGAAUAAUAAAUUAAUUGCUGAAGAACAUGAAAAAGGGCAUUUCUAAGAUUGUUUUCACUUAUAUUGAUACUAAUGAUUCAUACUUUUGUGUUUGCAUUGGUAAUAAUGUAUUAGCUGAAGAAAAUCUGCAAGUGAAGAAUUCUCUGGGGUUCAUUAAAACUGACCUUAUUAUAAGCACACAGUAUGUAGCUUGCCCUAUUAAAUUACUGAUAAGGUGACUGGAAGGAUGAAUAUCUAACUUUUGAUUAAAUCCAGGGAAUUAUGUGAUAAUGUCAAUUCUGUGUUCCUAGUAAAUGGCAUGUAGAAGACAACUGAAUUAGAGAGGAUGACAUAUAGGCAAAAUAAGCAACCCUCAAAAGGGCAAAAAGUGUUUGACCCUAACAGGUACUGAAAGGAGAAGCAUAAGUUGCAGCUUGCUGAGAGAGCAUUAUAACCAGACUUCAUGCAUGUUCAAAUUGAAAUUGAUGUUACCUUUGGGGGUGACAGUGAGAAUUCUAGGGCUUUCAUUUCCAGUGAAAGAUGUAGAGGCAACAUAGUGUUCAUUCAGCAGCACAUUUUAUUUUUUCCACUAAAUGUUACCCAGACAAAUGAAGUUUCUUGUUCUUAGAAUACUGUAAUUAAAACUCAUCCUAACUGUUCUUUGUAGAAUGAACCAGUGAGUAUUUUGAUUUGUUUUCUUCAAAAGUAAAAACUGAUCACUAUUUGUAGAGAAUUAGAAAAGUCACAAACAUCCUGAACCAUACCUUUUGUGCCACUUGUUCCUUUUUGUCAAAAAUGCCAUUCUAACUCAUUCAAUCCAGAACUCCUGAAAAACAAAAGGUCUUUGCUUGGUUCCCUCUGAAUUUACAAAUCUUCAGUAAGGCUAUGAAGACUAUAUCAUGAUUUGGUUCAAUAUUUACUUUUAAUCCAUGCUUUUAUUUUUACCUUUUUCAAGGAAAAUGCAAAGACAUAUUUGAGGAAGGGAGAAUGAAACUUACUAAAGUUGAAUUCAUCCCACCACUGUUUCACAGGGACUGGUUUAUCUUUAUGGCUAAGCUAUUAUAAGAUUUAAUCCACAGUAAUGAUAUUAUAAGGUCAUGAUAAAUAAACACAUUAAAACUUUCCUAAGGAACCUCAUUAUUUAUACAAUAUUCUAGUCACUCUUAACUAUGAAUUAGGUGCCUGAUGAAUAUAUUCCUUUAUUUAAUAAAGAUCUUUAACCUUUUUUCUCUUUCUGUCAAAAGAAGAUAACCUUUUGAAAAGGAUUUCUCAUUCCUGCUGCUCAUAAGGCACAUGAGCAAAUGAAAACUCCUCAAGAGCUAUCUAUGUAAUAUUGUUACCUUAAGUCCCAUCUUUCCUAAUGUCCCUCAUUUCCUUAAGGAUUUCACUCUAGCUCAUCCUACCCGACCCUCAGUUUACCACCACUAUUACUGACUUCCAAGAGAGCACUUGUCUUCUUGUCUUUGGGGUGGAACAAAAUUAAAAUAAAACCAAUAGUAUCUGCUGGGAAACAUUUAAAUAUUGAUCUGCUAAUGAAAUUCUACUUUUCAUUCCCACCUUCUACCAAUUUCUCUCACUCCUUUCCAGUCUCUCACAUCAUUACUUAGCUUUUUUAAUGCAUUGUCCAUCUUCCUUCUUCAGAUGAGCCUUCCCUAUGACAUUUUGUAUUCUUCUAAAGAUCAUAAAGGUGGGAAAGGAGAAAAGGUAAUGAUUACUUUCUUCUCUCAGACAAAAACAGUCUUCUGCAUCCUACUUACUAACAAUGUCUUCUCUAGCCAUUCCCAUUUCCUUUUAUGCCUGGGGUUUUCAAUUUUUAUUCUUUUUUCCCCCUGCAUUAUUACUGAUAGAGAAUAGUCAGCUUUUAUAAGGUCCAAAAAAGUUGUGCAUGCAAUUAGACUUGAUUUUAUGUCUAUUUUUAUUCAUAGUCCCUAUAUGGCCACUUAAGUUUGGGGAGUCUUUGUGCCAAACACUAUUCUCUGAUAAUUAGGGAAUGGAGUGGAGGGUCAACAUGCCAAUAAAACUUUUGGACCCAAACUUGAAAUAGGAGAUCAGAGGAGGGAAGGAAGGACAUGGGCAGAUAGCUAUGGUGUGGGCAGUCUUUGGAAAGGACCAAACUAUGAGGAAUAAUUUAGAACUAUAAUUUCACUUUCUGUUUGUAGCAUCCUCUUUGGUGUACACACACACACACACACACACACACACACACACACACGAUGCUAUUUUGAUUUGUAAUUCUGUCCCUUGCUCAUUAUUCACUUUAUUUUGGCACCAGUGGAUGAUAGACUUUUUUUUUCCUUCUAGAGACAUUAUUUUGAAGAAUUCCUUAAAGCAGCAACAUAACCCUGUGUUUUGGGGGAACAUGGAAUUCCAACAUGGAAUUCUAGCCUCUUUAAAAUCCCUAGGUAGCCAAUGUUUCUUAGUCAUCAAGGCAAUGUUUUUUUGUUUGGUUCUUUAUUUUUUUCUUUCAGUGUCUCUGAUUAGAUUGUUGUAUUGUUGGAAUUGUCCAAAAAGUAUGUGAAGCUCUUUUUUCCAGUGUAGAAAUCAUCUCUGUGGGGAAUCUGCACUGUUUCAAUGUUUACAAUGCUCUUCCCUGGUGCCUCAGAUAUCUCUGUGACCAAAAUUGGCUUCAGCUACAUGGUAUAUUUUUUGGUAAUACUGUACUACUGGACAGCCUCUCUUGGAGUUUCUUACAGGGUUACAGAACUCUCGACAGUAACUCCAACCUGUCAUAAAUCUCUGUCAAGCCCACCUGUCAUAAAUCCAUCUUGCUGAAAUUUCCAAUCUUCAUUUCUUUGCUAAUAGAAUUCUGAUCAGUUAAGUGUAUCCCCAUAAUUAAAGCUAAGAAUUAUCCUUCAAAUGGCAAGACCUUUUGUGAAAAUGGGUUGAGCAGAGUUGGAUUGCAAAUUCUCUUUUUCUCCAUUUUGGGAAUAGUAAACUAUUGUGGAUUAGCAAUCAGAAAUCCAGAAUGCUUUCUUUACCAUGAAGGACUCUGAGCAGUCAGUCUCCAAACAAAGCUAUUUGGGGAACUUUGUAGAUAGUCAGCAAUCUAAAUCAUCUUGCUUUCACGCCAUGUUAGGGUGUUGGCUAUUUUUUACUGCCAAAAACCCCCAAACAAGCAAACAAAUAAAAAUAAAGAUUACUGUUUUCAAAUAUAUUUGAGCAAGGAUAAUAACUCUGAAUACAUUUAUCACAACCUGAUCAGAAGGGCUAUGUUAGUUGAAUUGCUAUGUUUCAGUGGCUAUGCUUUUGUCAUUCAACUAAGUACACUGGCUUGUAUUACCAGAGUAUCCAUUUGGAAUGCUUUGGUGAGGUUUGGGAUAAGCACUUCACAGGGAGAAUUCUUAUUUUUGAUCUUUGCAAGAGGGAAGCCUACUGUGGAGAAGGACUUAAUAUUUUUCUGUGAAUCAAAGAGUAUUUUAAAAUUCUGAAUAAAGUGGAUUUGAAGUUAGCCAAAUGUAUCUUUGUAUUUGAAAUUCCCUUGAAUUUGAAAGGACCUAAUUUGCUUGAUCAGGCCUUGAAAUAAGAAAAAAAAAGCUAAGUUCCACUAGGAAACUUCAAGAAAUUCAUGGAACAAAAUUAUGUAAUGAGUGCUUCAUUUAAUCAAUGAUUAAGAAGCAUGAGUUCUGCUCUCCAGCAUGCUCAAUGAUCACAAAAGCCAGUUAACUUUUCUAUAUCUCUGCUUACUUAUGCGUGUAUCUCACAUAGAAGGUAUGAAAUCUAAGACAUAACAUAUCCAUAAAGCUUUUUGGAGAGAGGGAUGUGAUAUAAAACUCAAGAUAUAAAUGCAGUAGGCAUUUCAGAUUCUUGAUCUAGGGAAAAAAUUUGUCCUCUGAUCCAGGAAAAUCUGACUGUUGGAUUUAUCCAUCAAGAAAAUUAUCUUUCAUUUCUAACUUUGGAUUGUUUAUGGAAUCAAAUUUUUUUAAUCCAGGUUGUGUCUUUUAGUAAAGCUUUUCCGUUUUCAAGAGAAUCUAUAAUAUCUAAAGAGAUCACUUAGGAAUACAUUACAGAUUUUAUUUUUUUCUUAGAUUUUAUAAAAGAUGAUGUGAGCAUACGUGAGGCAGGGAAAAGGGAAGAAUGCUAAAGAAUGGCUUGAACAGGGCACUGGAUGGAGGGUAUUGUUUGCUAGGUGAAAGGUAUCCAGAUGUUUGAUGAAACCAUGAAAACAAUGAUUUAGUAUGACUGCCUAGAAAGAGAUGUUAGUUUUGCAGAUUUUUAUUUAUCUUACUGCCUGAGAACUCUUUGUGGAGACAACAAAAUUUGGGAUUACAUUUGUGUGGCCAGAGAUGGUCAAAGAAACAUUUUGUUUAAGUAUAUGUGUUUAGGGCUAAAAAAGAGCUAUGUUUAAGGAAUUACUUCUAUGUAGAAUAAACGACAUUGCCAGAGAGCUAUUUUAUAACAGAUGUAUGGAAAAUAUUUAUUAAUCACUUUUCCUCCAGAAAAAUGAAGAAUGGCAGAUAACCAUUUAAUGGGAGGAGGGGGUCGGGUGAGAUGUACAAACAAAAGAGUUAUUUCACUACUGGAUUUACAGUUUGCUAUAUUUGGAGAAUAUUUCUUUUAUUCUAUGUGAAUGAUGCUUUUCUUUUCAAUAAUAUUCUUGAGGGACUCGAGGAAUAACAUUCCAAAGACCUUUUUCAGUGAUGUUCAUGUUCAAAGCUAGGUGUAUUUUUUCCACCUUCCCAUUUGAAGAAAAGGUCAUAAUAAAACUCAAUUUUGUAGCUGUGAGACUGAAUAACAGAAUGAUUCUAACAAUGACAUUUUUAGAAGAAAUUUCCAAAUAAGGCACAUUUUGGUAGAAUUUUUAAAAUUUUGUUUCUCAGGCAGAAUAGUUUAGUAGAGAGGGCAUUGGACAAGUUGGAGAUCUUCCCUGCCACUAACUGGCUGGUCCUUUGGCAAAUCACAUCUGUUUUCUUAAUUGCAAAAUGAUUAGAUGACUUCUAAGGUUUAAUCUCUGCUUUCCUUUAUUCAGCUGAAGGAUAUUGGCAAUGACCCAUCACCCUCAUGUAUUCUAAUAUCCCAGGAAUAGAUUGCGUAUGAGCUGAGGUUUCUGUUCUUAAUGAUUAUUUUAUUGUACAGAGUGGCUGUUUUCCUUAUUAAUUGCUGUUAGCUGAGGCAAAAAGCUAUUUAUCCUGAUGGCAAAACAAUGUGUUUAAGCUUUCUUUUCAGUUAUACUAUGGACUAUUUUUAAAAAGCUAUUUUGAAUGCUAAGGACAAUCCAGUCCAUCUCUACUAUCAUGUACAUAUACCUGAGGCUUCACAGGUGUAGAGAAUGCUGAGGGUGGAAAUUCCCCCCCACCAAUGCAGAUUUUCAAUUCUUUUGCAAUUUAGAGUUGCCAGGGCACUUGAACUUUAAGAUAGCCAGGGUUAACUGGAUCACAUAGCCAGUAUGUGUCAAAAAUGGGACAUGAACCCAAUUCUUCUAGACCCUGAGGUGGUGAAGGACAAUAGUCAUGAGUUCAACCAUUAAUGUGUGAAAAAUGGCAAGAUAAGGAAAAUGAAAUCACUUGAAUGGAAACCUUAGUACUUUUAGAGAGGCUACCAACCUUGGGCCUCCUCAUUUUUUCUGUGUAUACUUCUUUUCUAGUACUGCAAAAUAAGAUAUGAACUCUCCUUUAUCUUUUAUUUCCUAAUGUACUUCCUUCAAGACUGCCAAUUACAUUACCUUAAAAAUAAAUGCCAAUGUGGUAAAACUCCUCAUUGUAUAAUAGGGCUUUUUGUGAACUUAUCCAUGUAAGACUGUAUCUGAAAUUAUUUAUGAAAACUAAUUUGUCCUACUCUAUUAUGUUUUAAAGAUAACCAUUGUUUUGACUGUUACAGUCAAGUGCUUUGCUGUUUCCCGAAUUUACUCUUAGAUAAUGUUUUCCUGAUGUUGAGUUAUCUUGUGCCUUGUUUUCUUGUUUUACGUUGGUCUUCACAAGUCCAUAGAUAUUUUGUAUUGGUAUUAUGAAUGUAAUUUAAACCCUUUAACAUGAUUUUUCUCUAUAUAUACCCCUCAGUAGAUUGUGGUGCCUGACACAUCAUUUUAUUGUACCAAAGUUUCUGUGGCUUAAAAAAAAAUUGUCCAAUGAAUUACUGGUGUCUGGGUUUGAAUAACAUGGUCAAGGAAUGUAUCCUGUGAUUGUUUCUGCACUUUUCAAAUAAAAAUGCAUUUUUACCAGU